UCAUCUUUCCCUGUACAUCUAUUUUAUAUGUAUUUUUUAGUUUGAAGAUAAUAUUUUAUAUAAGAGAAGUCAAUGCAAUAAACAACCACGUAAUACUUGGUUCCUUUGAACCUUAAUAUUCCAUUUCACCGUGUACUCUGAAUAAUAAAGUUAGAGAACAUUGCCAUUUUAUUGAAAGCUUCGGACGUGUAUAACCGGUUUGCAGUCAUGAGAAGAAAAAUGGAAAAAAGGACGAAACGGUGGCUUUACAACAGAGAAAAAGGGUCGAGAUACUGAUGGACUCGCGCCGACGCCGUUCUCCGACUAUAAAUAUAGGUCGAUAUUUGUCUGUCUCAUCCCUCAGGAGGUAAUGUUCACGUUUUGACGGUCUUUCAAUUCUUUUUUUGACCGUUAUUUUGUUGGUAAUGCACGGUCGGAACAAAUAAAAGGAAUGAUGGCCGGCAAAGAUGGUGCCGUUAGCUGUAGAAGGACAGCAACCAAACAGUCGACUGCGAGAUAUGAGAACAGUGAUGAUUCUUUUGUAAAACCAACAAACACAAAGAUAUACGCAUUUUGGACACUAGUUGGAUUGUUAUGCCUUCUGGCCUUGGCAAAUAUGAUUUUGACUAUUGUCAUAUUCAGUGUGUUAAGGUUAGGCCAAGGUAUGGAGAGUAUGGAGCUACUUCCGGAUGAAGGGCUUGUUAAAUUUUUUGGCGAUUCAAAUUUUGGCAAAGUGUCAAAAUCUGACGGAAACAUAGAAGGAUUUGCCGGUAGCGAGACUGAAAUAAAAGGAGUGAAGGGUCCCGUCAUAUUGGAAGUAGAGGAUGCCAAAGGAAGGCAGAGGAACACGCUUACUUUGGAACAAAAUGGCACACAAUUUAAAUCGAUCAACAGCUUCAAAGUCGGAGAUGUUUUUUCCACAGACAACCCCGUUUUCAAACUUUCAAAAAGCAGUGUAAUAAGAAAUGUUCAAUCCAGAGUUAUCACGACGAACAAAAUAACCGCUCCGCAGGAUGAGAAACUCGUUCUUCGGUCGGAUACGCUUAUCAAAAUUAAAGGCAGUGAAGGGACGAAAAUUGACGGCAAAGAAAUUAUCUGGACUGCCGACCAAGAGGUCAAAUUGAAGAGUAUGAAUGGCAGUAUCGUUCUAAGCGGGAAAAGUGGAGUUGUAGUCGAUUUGAAGAAAAUUCCUAUUGUCGGAACCACUGGUCUCGGUGGUCCAAUUACACCCCAGUAUAAGGUAUGUGUUUGCAUGCCGCAAGGCAAGCUGUUUAAAGUUCCUGUCUCUACAGAUUACAACUCACAAGUCGCUUGUCACAACAUCGACACAUCAACAAACUACAAUCCAUGCAUGUAAAUAUUUCAAGCCGACUACUGUUGAAAAUAGAGCUUUGUACCCUUUAUGUAUAUUUUGGUCGUAUAUACAAACGCUGGAAAUUCCAUGUGAAUAAUACUGUUCCCAGAUAUAAUGUAUUAAUUAAAUUUGUGUCAGCUGACUAUUAAAAUAAAACAUUUUAUUUCUUACCCUCGGACUGCCUCAAUGGAUAUUAUUAUGUGUGUUAUGUUUAUGAAAUAAAGAAAGGAAUUAAUAA